AAACUAAUUUUUGCUUUUAACUUUUAACUAAUUUUUGUUAUAAAAGAAAUCAUAUUCAUAAGUCCAGUUUAGCCAAACGCUACCUAAAUCACUUCUCAAAAUCCCUUUCUUAUUCCCCAACUAAAAAUAAAAAUUACCUGACCUACAGAGAAACAGAAGAAGGAAUGGUGAAACAUCACAGCGAUAGCGAUGAAGACGAAACAAUCUACUACCGGUACUCCUCCACCGGAACCCCUUCCUCCUCCACUUCAAAUCCCCAAUCAAAACCCCAGAAAUCCGGCAGCGGAGGCUUAGCCCCAUCAAAAUCAACAGUCUAUGUAUCCAACCUAGAUUACACUUUAACAAACUCCGACUUAUUCACAAUCUUCUCCACAUUUGGUAAAGUAGCCAAAGUCACAGUGCUGAAAGACCGUAAUUCAAGACAAAGCCGUGGUGUUGCAUUUGUAUUGUUCGUUUCUAAAGAAGAUGCAAAUAAAGCUGUGAAAGAGAUGCAAGGUAAAAUUCUGAAUAAGCGAACUUUGAAUGUGAAGAUUGCUAGUGAUAAUGGAAGAGCAGCAGAGUUUAUCAAGAAGAAGGUGUAUAAAGAUAAGACUAAGUGUUAUGAAUGUGGUGAAGAUGGGCAUUUGAGUUAUGAAUGCCCUAAGAAUCAAUUGGGGAAUAGAGAGAGACCUGUGCCCAAGAGGGUGAGGGGUGGUGGCGGUGGUGGGAAUGGGUUUUUGAGAUUGGGGAAUGGUGGUGGUGGGGAGGAGGAUGAGGAUUGGGGGAGUGGUGGUGAGAGGUUUGAAGAUGAUAAUUGGGCAUCUGUUGUUGAUACUAGAGAUGUCGAGGAGAGAUUGAAGAAAGAGGAGGAGAUGGGGUUAGUGGAGAAGAAAGCUAAGAGAGCGAAGAAAUCGACUUAUUUUAGUGAUGAAAGUGGUGAUGAUGAUUAGUUCUGGCUGCGGGGUUUGGGAAUUGAAAGCAUUUAAAGGUGCAGCAGCUUCUGCAGUCAAUUUACCUGGAGUCCAUCUUUUUAACAUCUCUAAUGCAGCCUUGGGUUGAUCCAUUGGAACCAUGUGACCAGCAUCAUGAACCUUAAGGAAGCUAAGAGGACCAUGAUUCUUCAAUUCCCUGCUUCGGCACUGUCAACUACGAAUGAAACGUUGGCUGCUCGACCAAAGUCUUGUCUACCGGACCAUUCCAUUGCGUGAACCCAGGUUUGAGCUCCCUGUUCAAAUUUGAGAUAUGUUACUCAGUAAUGUGAUACUUUUCCAACUGAAAGCCACUUUUGGGAAAACAAGGACAGAGGAAACAUGACGUAACUCAAUAUGCAUAAAAAUUGGAAUUUUGAGUUCAGCACAGAAGGACACUUACCAAACCAGUUGCAUAUCAAGUCAUACUCCCCGUCAUAAGCUAGAAACUGGAUGCCGUAAUUAAGAAGAGCUGGGAUACCAACUGCUAGCUUCUUCAUCCAGUCAGUUUGUAUUUCGGAGUACACAGUAGGGCUGCAUGAGAUAAGUUCUGUUGCCAACUCCAAGAGCUUGCCUGACAGAUUUCAGAUUCAGAAAUUUUCCAAGUUGAAAAAAUCAUAACAGGUGCUCCCUACACAUUGCUUCCUUAUGUCAUAGUACUGGAAAAAAUAAGUGAGAAAGGGAGGCAGAAACAUCACUCAAUUCAAAUACUCCCUGUAAGUUUAUAAGAAUUCCUUCUUUAUUCUUGUUGCCUUUGUUAACUGUAGAGGCAAAUGCUGGAAUGUAGUGUCCAGCGUAUGACUCUCCGGUGAUGUAAAAAUCAUUCUUUUGAAAUUGUGGAUGCUUUGACGAAAAAUGCCCAGUAAGACAUAGCACAAAGUUACAUUGAGUACUAACAAAGAUGGAAAACUGGGUAAUAAACUUGUGAAGGUCGGAAUGGUUUGCUAAAAUGACACCGAAAGAUGUACAUGUGAAAUCUUUCAAAUCAAGUGCAACUUUAUCAGAACUCAGAAGGGAUACCUGUAAGAAAUCAUAUAAAUCAUUCUCUUCGUUUUGACGAAGAUCACGCUCAUCUGAACUGUAACUAAACCCAGUCCCGGACUCCCGGUCGGUUGACCAACAUACAACAAAUUUGAUGCCUUGAUAGUAUCAUAGAAGUUUGUCAUUUAGAAUUCCAUGUAACUAUCAAAAAAUUGAUUACAAGACAGAAAACUAAAAUGGAUGCAACAAAACUGAAUCUGCAUUGUUUAUUGGCAUUAGUAAGAGUUAGUACAAGCUAGUAACUAAUAUUGAAAGCGGGGACUUGUGAGUCCUGGUUGCACCUAUUUAUAUACCGAUUCCCCAGUUGACUCACACUUGUUACCGGGUCACACAUCACAUGACAGAUUUAAACUUGGGUGAGUGUAGUUGUCUUGUUUCCAUCGAGAAGAACCGAUUGAAAAUGGAGAGAAACAAAAAAUGGAGAGAAAACAGAGAGAUUGAGUGAAAAUACUAUCGUGUACGUUGAUUUGGUACCAUUGAUGGAAGAAUGAAAACAACCCAGUGAUAUAAUUGGGUUUUUUUCACCCAUAAAGUUGAAAAAACGAGAGAAAAAGGCUUCAAUAGAGAUGAUGGAUCGUCAAAACAGCUCUUUCAGUGGGCUUUUAUGAUGAAUCAUGUCCUCGAGUUGAGGAUAUUAUACAUGAAGUACUAGUGAAGAAGAUGUCACCAAUUCCUCUCAACAUCACCAUACCGGGGACUCUUAGGCUGUUCUUCCAUGACUGCUAUGUUCAGGGUUGUGAUGGUUCUGUUUUGAUCUUACCAACGGAUGACAACAAUUCUGAGAGAAACACAUCUAUCAACCUUUCUUUAGCUGGAGAUGCAUUUGACAUUGUUGACAAGGCUAAGGCAGCAUUAGAAAAAGAAUGUCCCGGGGUAGUCUCAUGCUCGGAUAUCCUUGCUAUCUUGGCACGCGAUGCCGUACACUGGUGGGAAGGUCCGCACUGGGAGGUUGAGAAAGGGAGAAGAGAUGGACUCAUCUCCAAUGCAACAGAAGCUCAACUACUCAUGCCAAAGUCUGACGAAAACAUAACAACUCUCAUCCGUGGAUUCGAAUCGAUUGGGCUAUCAACUGCCGAUCUCGUCACAUUAUCUGGGGCACACACAAUAGGUUUCACACAUUGUAUAGAAUUUGCUAGUCGUAUCUUCCACAACGACACCACAUUGAGCUCUACAAUAAGAGACAAGGUAAUUCUUAGCUGUCCGUUUCCGAAGAUAGACAGAAACGUUGCUGAAGCACUUGAUCAGAACUCUGAGUUUGUGUUUGAUAAUAAGUUUUUUAAGAGCUUGCGAGAAAGGAAAGGGUUGCUCUUGACGGACCACGUAUUGGCUUUUGGUGAAAAUGGUCUCUCUCGUAAAUUAGUUUAUAGGUACUCCCAAGACCAAGAAUUGUUCUUUCAGGAAUUUGCAAAAGCCAUGGUGAAAUUGGGAAGAGUUGGUGUUAAGACUGGGAAUGAAGGAGAAAUUAGAAGGGAUUGCAAGAAAUUCAACUGAUUAGGAUUUUUUGUUGUAUUUGAAUAGAUUUAUCAGUUACUGUCAUUGUCAGCAUAAUAAGAUGGUAAUUUAUUGUUUGGUAGGAGCUAAUACAUGUGAAUUUCCCAUCUA